AUGGGGCUGAGGGGACCUGGCAAGAACAGUGGCUUGAACAGAGAGAAUCCAGAUAUUUUGAUUGUGAUGAUUGCAGAGAAGCAGAUAAUGAGAGGUGGUGAGGAGGACAAAAGAGAUCAGAAUGAGAGGGAAAGAGAUGGGCCCUCUAAAGCCUGCAGAGGAAAUAAGUGGCACUCUGCCACUGCACCAUGUAGUAAUGUGUGUGCUUGGUUUGUUCCUAGAAAGGCCUGCAUUCUCAUUGAGGUUGUUUGCUGGUGGGUGAUAGCUCCUCCUCCGCAAGUAGGUGGCAGGCUAAGAUCGAUCUGUAUUGGUCGUCAGUUCAUCUUAUCAGCAGGAGUGGCCUGA